CUGUCACUGGCUGUGUUUGACUUUCACAGUGUGACAGUGGUGAGCUUCUCAUUCGCCUCCUCUACUCGUUUCGCUUCACUUUUCCUCUGACUUUGAGAGGAAAAAAUACUUGAAGAGAGAGUAUAAAAAGAGAAGGAGCAGACAGAUAAACCAAAAAAAAAAGGUAAAAGCAUGUGUUGUUCGGGGAAAUGUGCCCGCCUGGUGGGCCUGAUCCUGCUGCCUACAGCGUUCAUCUGCAUGAUCUCCAACCUGCUGCUGUUCUUCCCCAACGGGAAGAGUCUGGAAAAUGAUCAGAUCUCCCUCCAGGUCUGGCUCAUGGGGGGGCUCAUCGGAGGAGGCCUCUUUAUGCUGUGCCCGAGCUGCUCGGCUAUCAGGGCCGGGGGCAAGGGUUGCUGCGGGACAGGUUGCUGUGGAAACCGCUGCCGGAUGCUGAACUCUGUGUUCUCCUCUGCGUUCGGCCUGGUUGGAGCGAUCUACUGCACCAGUGUGGCCUCUACUGGUCUGGCUAUCGGACCCAAGUGUCAGGUGGCCAACGGCAAAUGGGAAUACCCCUUUGAAAACCUCGGCACUGGCAAUAGCAGCUACCUUGUAAACCAGACUCUGUGGUCAAUCUGUGAGGCUCCUACCAACGCAGUGAUGUGGCACGUGGUUCUGUUCUCCAUCCUGCUGGCCAUGGGGUUGGUGCAGCUGGUGCUCUGCGGCAUCCAGGUGGUCAACGGCUGUGUGGGAUGCAUCUGCGGGGACUGUCGCAAAAGCAAAGAUGAUGACAGUGGAUUGUGAAAGUGAAGAAGAUCGCCUAGUUGUAACCCACUGUCACAAGGACCAGGACGCAUUUCUGCACUUAAGACUUUGAGAUGAAACAAGUUGGAGUUCUCUUUUUAGACUCUUUUGUGUCACACAAAGUCUCUGAAUUAUGGCUAUUUUAAUUAUCUUAAAGCCUUACUCCAUUAUUGUUUGAAUUGUGUUCUAGCUUUUGGUUUGUGUAUUGCCUGACCUAUAUUUGGCUGAAUUUGUCAUAAAAGUAAUUACUGAAUUUAUAAGUAACACCCAAACUGAAGACCCCACAUGAAACAUAUACUGUAUGGAUCAAAAGCCAAAUUGUAAAUAAUUAUUUGUCUUUGUUUAACGUGCUUGUCGGGUUGUACUGCUUAUCAGGUAAAUGUGACACAGGAUAUAUAUCAGUUCUCUGUGACUAUCAACAUUAAACUUAUUUUCAUGAUCA